CAGGAAAGUUGGCUUUAAGGACUUUUUCCAAGGGAUUGCAAGUAUUGGGCUGAGUGUCCAUAACGACUGGUGCUAAAAAUACACUUUGUGUGUAGAGGCUUGUAUAUGCACAUACGACUUAAGGACAAUGGCUGCUGUUGGUGAGUCCGGGUCAGCCCGAGCUCCUCUCCCGCCUGGUGCUUUAGUGUGGAAGUAUUGCAAAAUAACGGAAUAUAAAUGGGAGUUGUCAGUAUUGGAAAAGAAGGUCCAUGUUUGCACACAUAUGAUGUAAUAUACAAAAUAAAAGAUGUGUGUGUAUGUGAAAUGAAUUGAUAACCUAAGUGCCGGGAUCUCCAGUGUGCGGUGGGGUCAGGGCAUUGAGAUUCGUGAAGAGCUUGCAGUGAGACCUCGCUCCAAGCGUUACCGGUUGCUUUGGCAUUUAGACCUCUGUGUUGCAGUUCUGAUGGAGCGCUGGGACGACAAGGAUGCCAGGCAGGAAUUCGGGGUUUGAGCUUGGCAGUGUAGUGAGGCUCAGACAUGGCCGUCUGGCUGACGUGCCGGGUGCUCGUGCUUGUUGGCGGGGGCUUUUUUAGGGCAAGGGUUCUCCAAGGCCGAUCCCACCGUGGGGCUUUCGCUGGCAUCCUUGGCUGCGCAGGGGUGCAUUGAGCUCCCUCGAAAAUAAAUCCCCUCGUUGGCAGGAAGCGCCUGGCUGGGAGUCGAGCUGGGUGGUGAAUGCCAUCGCCGCAAGAUGGACGCGGAUCCUCACCGACAUAAUGUCCAUCUGUCCGGGCUUAGCUCCGUCCGUCUGUCCCUGGGCUCAGGGGAUUUGCUGGCGAGGUCCCAGCCGCCCCUUGGGCCGGCGUGGCCGCGGCGGCACGUAGUCCCCCGGGGCGGGCUGUGGUGCUGUGGGCAGGAGAGGUCUGUGGGGCACGGUGUGUGCAUGCGUGGAUGCCGAGCGGAGGGACGGAGCAGGCUGGACCCGCCGGCCAGGCGGCCGAGCCCGGGGGUGUUGCUAAGCUACUGAGGACCCCUCGCCCCAGAGGAGCAUCGCCUGCCGUCGCUGCCGGCUCGGUGCAGCAUCCCCGGUGCAGCAUCGUCGGCGCUGGGAGGAGAGACCCACCGGCGGCGGUGAUGUAAUGAGGCGGUGGUUGGAGGCACCGGCGGAGAGAGGACGAGCGGCCGCGUCUCCGGCGGCUGGCAUGGACCCUCCCGGCCCUGGCUCACCGCAGCCCCGCUGAGCAGACGCCUCCGUAGCAGCCGGCGCGUCGGGAGAGGCGUUUUGGUGGAUUCUCGGGGCGGAUGGCGAGCGGAUAGAGGGAAGCUGCAGCCAUUUGCAAGCGCUGCCGGGCAGCCUGUGCUCCCGAGACAGAGCCGCCGAGAGCCGCAUUGUUGUGACCGAGUGUGCUAACAGUCUCUCUCUGCCUCCCUGUCUCCCUUUCUCUCUCUCUCUCUCCCUCCGUCUGUCUUUUCUGCAAUGAUGAGGCAGGCCCCAGCAACACGGAAGACCACCGCCCGGCGGCCCAAGCCCACCCGGACCCCCAAUUCUGCGGCAUCCAGUGGCACAGCUGGGCCCUCGGGCUCAGCCUCUGCCUCUGGCGGGGAGAUGAGCAGCAGCGAGCCCAGCACGCCUGCUCAGACGCCACUGGUGGCCCCAGUUAUUCCAACUCCCUCCCUGACCUCUCCAGUGGCACCUCCGGUUCCCUCACCCACAAAGGAGGAGGAAAAUUUGCGUUCUCAAGUCAGGGACCUGGAGGAGAAAUUGGAGACUCUGAAGAUAAAGCGAAAUGAAGACAAAGCAAAGCUUAAAGAGCUCGAGAAGUACAAGAUCCAGCUGGAGCAGGUGCAAGAAUGGAAGAGCAAAAUGCAAGAACAACAGGCUGAUCUCCAGAAACGUUUAAAGGAGGCCAAAAAGGAAGCCAAAGAUGCCUUGGAAGCCAAGGAGCGCUACAUGGAGGAGAUGGCAGACACCGCCGAUGCGAUUGAAAUGGCAACCCUAGACAAGGAGAUGGCAGAAGAGCGAGCAGAGUCCCUGCAACAGGAGGUGGACUCCCUGAAAGAGAAGGUGGAAUAUCUCACAAUGGACCUGGAGAUCCUGAAGCACGAGAUCGAAGAGAAAGGCUCGGAUGGAGCAGCAUCCAGUUACCAAGUCAAACAGCUGGAAGAGCAAAACGCAAGACUCAAGGAAGCUCUUGUAAGGAUGCGGGACCUGUCUGCAUCAGAGAAGCAGGAGCACGUGAAGCUUCAGAAGCAAAUGGAGAAGAAGAACACAGAACUGGAGUCUCUGCGUCAGCAGAGGGAGAAGCUUCAGGAGGAGGUGAAGCAGGCAGAGAAAACGGUUGAUGAGCUAAAGGAGCAGGUGGAUGCUGCUUUGGGUGCUGAAGAGAUGGUGGAGACUCUGACAGAGAGAAACUUAGACCUGGAGGAGAAGGUCCGGGAGCUGCGUGAGACUGUUGGGGACCUGGAAGCCAUGAACGAGAUGAACGACGAGCUGCAGGAAAAUGCCCGGGAGACAGAGCUGGAGUUACGGGAGCAGCUGGAUAUGGCGACAGCGCGGGUCCGUGAGGCAGAGAAGCGUGUGGAAGCUGCGCAGGAGACCGUGGCCGACUACCAGCAGACCAUCAAAAAAUACAGAGAGCUGACUGCACACCUUCAGGACGUGAACCGAGAACUCAUGAGUCAGCAAGAAGCAUCUGCCGAGAAACAGCAGCAGCCUCCUCCCGAGAUGUUUGACUUCAAGAUUAAAUUUGCGGAGACGAAAGCCCAUGCUAAGGCCAUCGAGAUGGAGCUGCGCCAGAUGGAGGUGCAGCAGGCCAACCGGCACGUCUCCCUCCUCACCUCCUUCAUGCCUGACAGCUUCCUGCGCCACGGCGGGGACCAUGACUGUAUCCUGGUGCUGCUUCUCAUCCCUCGGCUCAUCUGCAAGGCUGAGCUGAUCAGCAAACAGGCUCAGGAGAAGUUUGAUCUGAAUGAAAACUGCGCAGAGCGCACUGGCCUCAGGGGCGCUGCAGGAGAGCAGCUGAGCUUUGCUGCAGGGCUGGUCUAUUCCCUGAGCCUCCUGCAGGCUACGCUGCACAAAUAUGAACAGGCCCUGAACAAGUGCAGCGUGGAGGUGUAUAAGAAGGUGGGGAUGCUGUACCCCGAGAUGAGCGUCCACGAGCGCUCGCUGGACUUCCUGAUCGAGCUGCUGCACAAGGACCAGCUGGAUGAGACGGUCAAUGUGGAGCCGCUGACCAAAGCCAUCAAGUACUACCAGCAUCUGUACAGCAUCCACCUGGCUGACCAGGCUGAGGACUGCACGAUGCAGCUGGCCGACCACAUCAAGUUCACCCAGAGUGCCUUGGACUGCAUGGGGGUGGAGGUGUGCCGGCUGCGAGCCUUCCUCCAGGCUGGGCAGGAGGCGUCCGACCUUGCCAUCCUCCUCAAGGACCUGGAGACCUCAUGCAGUGACAUUCGCCAGUUCUGCAAGAAGAUCAGGCGCCGCAUGCCUGGGACGGAUGCUCCGGGUAUCCCUGCGGCACUGGGCUUCGGGCAGCAGGUGUCGGACACGCUGCUGGACUGCCGCAAGCACCUGACGUGGGUGGUGGCCGUGCUACAGGAGGUGGCCGCUGCUGGGGCGCAGAUGAUUGCUCCUCUGGCGGAGAACGAGGGGCUGCUGGCGGUGAAGCUGGAGGAUCUGGCCUUCAAAGCAAGCGAGCAGAUCUACGGCACCCAGGGCAUCAACCCCUACGAGUGUCUGCGUCAGUCCUGCAGCAUCCUCAUCGCGACCAUGAACAAGAUGGCCACGGCUAUGCAGGAGGGAGAAUAUGAUGCAGAUAGGCCACAGACCAAGCCCACCCCACCUGCUGACCUACGGGCGGCGGCUCUUCGGGCAGAGAUCACUGAUGCCGAGGGGCUGGGGCUUAAGCUGGAGGACAGGGAGACGGUCAUCAAAGAACUGAAAAAGUCUCUCAAGAUCAAGGGCGAGGAGCUCAGCGAAGCAAACGUGCGGCUCAGCCUCCUGGAGAAGAAACUGGACAGCGCGUCCAAGGAUGCGGAUGACCGUGUGGAAAAGAUACAGACAAAGCUGGAUGAGACCCAGACGCUGCUCAAAAAGAAAGAGAAGGAGUUUGAGGAGACCAUGGAUGCUCUUCAGGCAGAUAUCGACCAGCUGGAAUCGGAGAAGGUGGAGCUGAAGCAGCGCUUGAACAACCAGUCAAAGCGAACCAUCGAGGGCCUGCGCGGUGCCCCUGCCUCUGGAGUUGCCUCCAUCGUGUCUGGCAUUGCCGGAGGUGUCGGUGCCGGCCAGGUGACAGGAGGUGGCUCAGGACCCGUCCAGGUGAAGGACUCGCCUCUUCUUCUCCAGCAAAUCGAUGCCCUGCAGCUUUCCAUCAAGCACCUCAAGAACGAGAACAACCUGCUCAAGGGAGCCCGCAUGAAGAUGGAGCUGGCCAGCCUGACGCCUCUGCAGGUGCCCAAGAUCUCCCUCCCCAAGAACAGGCAGGGAGAAGGUCUGGCCACACAAACGCUGUAUCGCAAGACCAGCCAGCUCCUGGAAACCCUCUAUCAGAUGAGCGCCAACGCCAAGGUUGUGGACAUGAAGCAGACCAAGUCGGCACGGAGCUCGUCAGCGCGGCUGCUGGAGCAGACGGCCCGCCUGUGGUCCCUCAAAAACAGCAUCGAGACCCUGAGGGAUGACACGAUGAGGGAGACAGUUCAGCAGCAGCUGGGUGCCAGCGUCCCCACCAACUUUGGCAUCUUCCCCUCCUCCUCCUUCCUGAAGGCCAAGCAGGAGCAGGAGGAGGGCAUGGCGUACUACGGCAAAGUGACCUUCCCCUGCCCGCCGGGGCACAGCCAGGCGCACCGCCUGCUCCUCACCCCCGAGCUGCUCCACAAGCUCCAGAGCCACUUCGUCUCCUAAGCCGGGAGCCACCGCUGCCGCCCCCCCGCACAGACUGAGGUUCAUGGCACGGAACCCGCCCCCGGCCCCUGAGUGUUUCCCCCCCGCCCCCCCCCACGCCUGCCGGAGCCCGGGCCCUGGCAGCCCCCUCCCGUCGUGCCGCAGCCCCCCUCACUGCCCACCUCCCGGGGGACACGAGCCGGGACCCCCACUCCGCUGCUGCCAGCGCUCUGACACUACGGUCCCCCAUCAAACCGCCCCCGGGACCCCCCCGCGGCCCGAGCUGCGCACCGGAGGGGGGGGGGGCAGAGCCCCUCACUACUUCCCCCGCCCCGCGGGGUUGUUGCGGGGCCGGGGCUGGGCCCGGGACCGGAGCUGCGGCCCCCCCCCCGGCCUCGGCACUCGCGCUCUCAAAUAAAGCUGCUCUGAACCGG